CUGACCCUGCGCGGCGGCGGCGGCGGCGGAGGCAGCGCCCGCUGCCCGUUUCCUGCUGGCCUGGCGGCGGCUGGUGCCGCGGCUGCAGCACUGGGCGGGCGGGAGGAUGCGGCGCCGGUCUCGGAUGCUGUUCUGCUUCGCCUUCCUGUGGGUGCUGGGCAUCGCCUACUACAUGUACUCGGGAGGGAACGCCGCGCUCGCCGGGGGCGGCAAGAAGAAGUUCCAAAAUAGCAUUGGAUUAAAUAAGGAAGAUCAGCACAAUAACAUUGGGGAUGAAAAGUCACAAGGCAUGGAAACUCUUCCACCAGGAAAAGUUCGGUGGCAAGACUUCAACCAGGAAGCUUAUAUUGGGGUUACUAUGGUCAGAGCUGGACAAGACCCAUAUGCUCGUAAUAAAUUUAAUCAAGUGGAGAGCGAUAAAUUGCAAAUGGAUAGAAGUGUUCCAGAUACUAGACAUGAUCAGUGUCAGAGAAAACAGUGCGAUUUGCCAGCUACUUGUGUCGUAAUCACUUUUCACAAUGAGGCAAGAUCAGGCUUUGUUUCGACAAUUGUCAGGGUAUUGUUCAAAAAAAGUCCACCACAUCUCAUCAAAGAAAUCAUAUUGGUGGAUCUAAUUCUGCAAUGAUCCAGAACUGAAGAUGGUGCUCUUCUGAGUAAAAUUGAAAGUGCGAAAUGCAGGCGAAACGUCAGGAGAGAAUGCUUGAUGCGCUCUCGUGUUCGAGGUGCAGAUGCAGCACAGGCUAAAGUAUUGACGUUCUUGGAUAGUCACUGUGAAUGCAAUGAGCACUGGCUGGAACCUCUCCUGGAGAGAGUCGCUGAGGAAAAGACCAGAGUUGUUUCUCCUAUAAUUGAUGUAAUUAAUAUGGACAACUUCCAAUAUGUGGGGGCAUCAGCUGAUUUAAAAGGCGGUUUUGAUUGGAAUUUAGUAUUCAAAUGGGAUUACAUGACACCAGAGCAAAGAAGAGCACGGCAAGGAAACCCUGUUGCUCCCAUAAAAACGCCAAUGAUCGCUGGUGGACUCUUUGUGAUGGACAAACAUUAUUUUGAAGAGCUAGGAAAGUAUGAUAUGAUGAUGGAUGUAUGGGGAGGAGAAAAUUUAGAGAUUUCAUUCCGUGUGUGGCAGUGUGGUGGGAGCCUUGAAAUAAUCCCCUGCAGCAGGGUGGGCCACGUGUUUCGCAAGCAACACCCUUAUACCUUCCCUGGAGGAAGUGGUACUGUUUUUGCAAGAAAUACACGUAGGGCAGCAGAAGUCUGGAUGGAUGAAUACAAAAAUUUCUAUUAUGCAGCAGUGCCUUCAGCCAGAAAUGUACCUUAUGGCAAUAUUCAAAGCCGAACAGAACUGAGAAAGAGACUUAACUGCAAACCGUUCAAGUGGUAUCUUGAAAAAGUGUAUCCAGAAUUAAGGGUACCUGAUCACCAAGAUAUUGCUUUUGGGGCCUUGCAGCAAGGAACCAAUUGCCUUGACACUCUAGGCCAUUUUGCAGAUGGCGUGGUUGGUGUUUAUGAAUGUCACAAUGCUGGGGGGAACCAGGAAUGGGCCUUAACAAAGGACAAGUCAGUGAAACACAUGGAUUUGUGCCUUACUGUUGUGGAUCGAGCUCCCGGCUCACUCAUAAAGCUUCAAGGCUGCAGGGAAAAUGACAGUAGACAGAAAUGGGAACAAAUUGAAAGCAACGCCAAGCUAAGGCAUGUGGGCAGUAACCUGUGUUUAGACAGCCGAAAUGCCAAAAACGGUGGCCUGACUGUUGAAGUCUGCAAUCCUUCACUGUCCCAGCAGUGGAAGUUCACACUUAAUCUACAGCAGUAGAAGGGCCGACACCACAAGUACUGUCUCACUCCCUAAACCUUGGGCAACAUUUUUCUGAUUGCGUUACUGAUACUUUAUAUACCUCAGUAUUCCAUCUUUUGAAAGCAGCUGACAGCAACUAAAUUGAACAAAAGGGAAGCUAGUGAACUGAGGACCCUGGCAUUGUUUGACCGAAUGCAACUGCAGCUCACUUCUACUGUAAAGGCCUGCCAGUUCCUUUCCAGCUUCAAGCUAGUACCUACGCAGCAGAUGAUUAACAUCCCUAGAAACAGAUGUACAAUAUAAAACUGCUUUCAACACGCAGAGGGUGGGGAGGGAGGGAAUAGUCAGGGGAGGGGGGAGGAAGUUGCUUGGAGAGGAUCAUUGGUAAUCCCCAUAUACAUAAAAAUCAGUGUUUGUGGUUUCCAGAAAUCAAAGCAUCAUUUUGGAAGAUUUUGCCAUGUGUCCUUGAUAUAUUUGACCAUGAACUUUUUUAUGACAGGACUCCGAAUAUAAACAUGUAUGUAUUCACACACAUAUAUUGUCAAAACUACAACUUUAUAUCAGUUUUCAUCAUUCUGUAAUUUAUCAACAAAGCAAUUAACACUUCACAGGUAAGUGCAGAGGAUUGUUACAGCGGAACAAGAGUUUGUGAAGGUGCAGGGUUGAUGCUGCUGAGUCUCGUUUAUUCGAACACUGGAUGCUUCUGCUUUGCCAAGAGGGCCUCCUCCUUUGCUUUCCCUCCUCCUGAAGGACUCUGGAACUCUGCAGAGGAGGACAGUGAAAACAGCAGGAAGGAGCUUGCGCGCUUCAUCUCCACCAGCAUUCUCGCCUCCCGUCCAGGAAUUCAAGCCCUUCUCUCUAGUUAUCUGUAAACUUGGUAUUUUGUGUUGAUCAAUUCUAGGCUAUUUUUCCUUUUAAAUACUUAAGAAAAAAUAAUAAUGCAGCUAUGAGGGUUAGUUUGUCUUUAGGUAGUGUUUAUCAGUAUGGUUUUCUUUCUCCUUUUCAAAAGUGGUCAGGCUGAUGGAGCUGACAGACAGCACAAGAUCACAGUAGCCGUUGUGUAGAAGCCCAGUGUCAAUGCUGGAGCUAUUGUACUCUUGGGAUAUCAUGAUUUGGGUUUUCAAUUUAGGUUUGUGUUUUUAAGUAAAAAUAGGCUUUUUGAAAAUAAUCUGAGUGGAAGUAGUUCACUGGAAGCAGUAGAUUCAAUCUAACUGGUAUUUUAUAUCAAGAGAAAGGACUUGAUGACAUCUUUGACUUGUUUUUUCCUGGGUUGCAGUCUUAAAAAUAAAAGAGGUGUCUGUGAAGUACUUUAAAAAGCAAGUAGCAUUCAUAAUGUGCUCUGUAGAGAUUACAAAGGAUUUAGAUAAAACUGUUACUAAAUCAUGUCUUGAUGAUGGUCUUUUGUUGCAUAGGUGAGAGUAUUUCUGUGAACUGCAUUUUCCCUUAUAGCUGCAGUAUUUGCCACAAAGUGUGGGUAUAUUUCCAUGUAUACUGGCUGUAUCUUUAAAGUACAUUGAAAUCAAAUAGGCCAGUGAACAUUUGGAUUUAUAUGGCAUGCUUUUGAUCUAUCUCUGCAGGAACUGUGUUGAAAUAAUUAUGAGCUUACAAUCCUUUUUUCUCGGGUAUGUGAUGAGGCAAUGGGAAGAUCGGCUCCUACCCUGAAUUUUCUUCCCCCCUAGUAAAAAUUCUUAGAGGUAUCCUAUUUAAGUAUACUUUUGGAGCAAAAAGAGAGAGAAACCUUAAAAUAGCUGUGGUUGUGCUGGGGGUGGGUGGGUGGGUUUGUUACCAAGAGUGUUCAAAUGUGUGACCCCCCCCCCCUCUCCAACUGAAAGCUUGAGAUGAAGAACUCAUUGGAGGUAAUUUUAUGGGCUAGUAAUUGUCGAUGUCUUGAAAUUGAAAACCUAAUUGAUAAUAAUCCAGUUCUUCUGCAGAGGGAAUUAAUACAUCCUGAGAUUUUAACAUAUUAUAUUACCAGUCCAAAACUAACUGGCAGACUAGCCAAUGUUUGCACAAUUAAGUAUUAGAACCUUGACUGCUGGCAAGAUUUCUCUUUACAAGUUUUUGUCAGUUUUGCAUUGUGAAAUGGGGAGUAUAUUCUGUAAGCACUGCAUGGAAAGGAUCUGCUUUAGAGACUGCAUUCAGGCUGCGAGUCAUGGUAUUGUACGGUCCCUGGAUCAGGGCAGAAAUGUUGUAAUGAUUUGUUAACCAUGUUUACAUGACACAGUGUGCCAAAGUGAUUUACUGUGAUGCCAUCCUUCUAACAGUCUAUGAAUUUUGGGGAGCGGUGCUCCAUGUAAUGCUGCUGCAAAAAAGUUCUUUGUCAAUGGGCCAGGCAAGGGAGCCCCCUAUAAAGAAAUGCAUUCCGGGUAUGCAGUGGUUGUCAGUGGUGGCUUCUGACCCCAAGUCUAAGAAAUAGCCAAACCCCCCUCCCUCCCAAUUUUUUAAAUAAUAAAUUACUAGAAAACCUUAUCAAUGUCAUCUCUGUUCUAACCUUUUCUUAGCAUCUUCAAAGCAAAAAGGAUGAAGGUGGUACAUCUGAGUUGAUUUCGCAAAUUAAAUAUAGUUUGUCAUUUCAGUUGGUUUUUAAAAUCUGCUGUACAGAGCUUGUACUUUGUUCAUUUUAUAGAUGGAAACCAUCCUUGAAAAAUGUUUGUUUAACUUAAAAUAAAUACUUUAUAGAUAAGA